AUGUCUUCUGCUACAGACGAUAUGCCCAUUGCAUUGCGGAAACCCAAACGUCGAAGCAGUGUCCUAUCAUCUCCUGUCAAACCUCGUUCGGCACCAGACUCGGUUGAGGGCACGAAGACGCCUGCAACCAGAAGAUCGAAGAGAGUACGCUUCUCUGACCCUGGACUCCUGUCCCCAACACACGCAACUUCCACUUCCCUCACACCUGCCUUCAGACGUUCGACCUUGGCAACGCCCAAGCAACGACGACCAGCCACUCCUGCUCGUCCGGCCAUUGAAGGUAGCAUUCAGUUCACGCCCUUCACCGCGAUCCUCGAUGAGCGGUGUAUUCGCCGUAUCCGAAGAAAUGGCCUGAGUGAGGAAAUGAACAACUAUGAGUCCGAAAAGAAGAGCAGAUCAACCCUGCAGAACGAGAUCGAUGCGAAGGAUGCAGAAUUGAAGCGACUGCGGGCGGAGCUGGAGGCAGCCAAGGUGGAAGCUCAACGCAUGGAUGAUGAAGUACAUGAACCUCCACCAUCGUCGCAGCAGCAGGUUGACGAGGUUGAAGCCGAGCUCGAAAUGCUCCGUCAGAGCUUUCAGGCUGCUGCUGAAGAUAAUACUUCGAUGGCUAACCAGCACGUCUCAUGGGAAGACGUUCCGAGAAUUAGUGGUCCAGGCAGUGAAGGAGGCGACACCAUCGUGAUACACGAAGAUGAAGACGCAGCUACCUUCCCGUCAGGUCAGCGUCAACCUAGUUUCACUGCUCGUGCCAUGGACACAGACGUCCUGAACAUGGGGCUCGAGCUUUCCGCAGCUCGUCAAGCCAAGUCGAGCCUUCUUGGUUCUUUUCGUGAACAAGCCACAAAUACUACAUUUGACUUGGACUUCGCGGACACUCCAGUCCGCCAACAACAGGACGUUCGAAGCACAGCUUCGACCUUUCGCAUUCCAGAUACACCUCCAAACUUCCACCACGACCUCAGCAAGCAGUUGCGAGAGACUACCAACCGUGCCGAGGAGGCUGAAGUUGCCCUCACGGCCUUGGACGUUGAGAUCACUAACCUUGGUUUUGGCAAUGCUGACAAGGACGAUACGUUCGCUAUGGUGGCAGCAAUUGCAGACCACUUCCGUAGUGCUCGACUGGAGCUCGAACGAUUGAUACCUGGUGAAACCGCGUCUGGUUUCGAAAACUCCUCGGUCCUACCUGAAAUCCUAAGAAAGACUAAGCUGCUUGCGGACAGAGUGAAGGCGAAAGAGAACAAGCUCAAGGCUUCCAAGGAUCAGCAUCAUAACCUGAAGAAUAAUUUUGAAAAGGCUAUCAUUGCAGCGGAAAAGGCGAAUGAAAGAGUGAAGCAGCUUGAGAAUGCGAUAGAUGGGAACGCGGAAGAAAUGCUGCAUAUCCGCAUGCGGAGCCAGCAGUUGGAACAAGAUGUACUGGAGAAGGAGAAGGAUGUCACAAGCCUGUCUCAUGCACUGAACAAGUACCGUGCCGACGUCUCGCGAUUGGAGAACUUGAUCAACGACAUGCAGCAGGAGUAUGAUCAACACACAGUCAAUGUGAACAAGAAAGAAACCAAGAUUGAGGAGCUUGAGGCACGAGUAUCGUCCGAGACCAAUGGCAGACGUGCAGCAGAAGUCAGCGCAGUACAACGUCUUGCCCGUAUUAACGAGCUUGAGACGUCCUUAGCAACGUCGAAACGCCACGCCGCAGACCUCGAAGCCCGACUUACCAGCCUGCAGCAGUCAGAUCCUGCUUCUUUCUCAGCGUCCACAUCUUUUGCCCAUACUCAAGAGAUUCAGCAACUCAACCACCGUAUCUCUUCCUUGGCAACAGCACUUGCAUGCGCAAACGCGGAAGUGGAAAAGCUCAAGAUCUCGAAGCAGAAGCUUGAAGAACGAGUCAGAUCUGAGGUUGAGCAAGGAGCCAAAGCGGUCGAAACACUUCAAGAGCAGCUCAUCCGCACUGUGAUGAAGGGCAAUGAAGCACGUAAGCGAUAUGUAAAUGGGGCCAAGGUCCGUAUUGCUAAUUGGCAACUCGACGAUGAGAGAGAGAUGGACUUGUCAAGUGACGGUAUUGGUGAGGAUGGACAGUCAUUAGCAAGCGAGGCAAGAACGCCUAGCUCGGUUCGGUUCGCUGAGUAUGCGGAAGUCGAAACAAUCGAGCGCAUCGAUGGUGCGCAUGAGGCAGACCAGUUACCUGAUGCUCAUGAUGGUGCCGAAAGUGGCAGUGAGAGUAUCCCUGGCAGUGUCGAGGUUCAGCGUGGACGUGGCCGGUACCAGAAGGUGCCGAGACUGGUAAGCUUCGAUAAGGCGAGACGUGCUGGUGGUGGUGGGAAAGGUCGACGAAGAUAUGACAGUGGCAUUGGCAUGUCAAGUGACAAUGACUUUGACAUUUAUGACGAGGAGACUCGUGGGAGAGGUGCUGGUGAGGUGAGAAAUGGGAUGAUCACACCAGAACUGAGCUCUGAAGGUGAUGUGGAGGGUGUUAUUGAUGAGGCUAUGGUUCUAAUUGGAACCGUACUCUUAACUCACUUUGGCAAUGUUGCUUAG